AUGGGUUCAGAAGAUAAAUUUGUAACAAUCAAUUUAAAUGACAUCGAACUCGAAAUGGUUGGAACAGAUACAAGUAAUAGAGAUAUUGGUGUUAAAGCAAUAAAAGAGUUGGAAAAUUAUUCAAAUAAUCAACAAAUUGAAAAAAAAAAAAAAAGAAAAAGAAUAAUUAUAGCUAUUUCUAUAAUUGUUUUCAUUUUAAUAGUGGCAGCUGUAUUGACCCCAAUUUUAAUCAUUAAAUUGUAA